UUAACACUGGCAUGCAGCAAAAAAAGCUAACUAUCAGAGCAAAACAUUGAUACUUGCAUGAGCACAACUACAAGUUCAAGUGUCCUUGCUGCUGUGAUCCCAAAUCAAAUAAGACAGAGGAGGAUAGCUUUUAUAAGAAGAGAAGAAAAGAUGUUUGAUACUCUUGGACUCAUUUGCAUGAUGUGGUGUUAUAUGAUGCUAUUUCAUCCCUUGCACGCUGACAUCCAGUAUGUAGAGCCAGAGGCACAAGAAUCACCUAUUGCAAAUGUGAAAAUGAAUUGGAGAAAAAUGGAACUGACCUGGGACAGCAGCAAAAAUUUCUCUAAGUACAAAUGUACCAUCAUGGACAGGGACAUUGAAAGUAUACAGACAGAGGUGGAUAGUCCACUAUGCAGGUUUCCAGUGGAACUAUACCUGCCUCUGCACAAAGGGGUAUUCCUUACUAUUGAAGUGCCAAACACAAACAUCUCAAAAACCUUCACCUUUAUCCCAGGAGGCAUGAAUGGAUCAGCCAUUGAAAACUUCUCCUGUGUGAUUUAUAACAUUUCCCUCAUGAGCUGCACUUGGCAGGCAGGCAAGGAUGCUCCAGGAGAUACCCAGUAUUUUCUCUACUGGCAGAACUCCAGAUAUGAUGAUGCGAUGGAAUGUGAGCUUUACAUUAAGGAUGAAAAUGGCAGAAAUACAGGAUGUAGAUUCCAAAAUGUGAGGAUAGAGACUGAAAAAGCUUACUUCCUGGUGAACGGCUCUAGCAAAGACUCCCUGAUCCAGUUCUAUGAUGAGUACAUUCAACUGUAUAAAAUAGAAAUACUCACUCCUCCAUUAAAUGUCACUGUCAAUUGUACUGGAGAUUCAGCAGGUUGCAUAAUUACAUGGCAAGCACCCCUUACAAGUCAUGUGGAAAACAUAAAGUGUUUUCAGUAUGAAAUUAGCAUACAAAAUAAGGAUGAACCCAAAGAACAGAAAAAGGAUCCUCCUGUAAAAGUAAGGAGCAACAGAUAUGAAUUCCAAAAUUACAAUGAAGAAAAAAAGUACAUUCUGAAAAUCAGAGCACGUGGAAAAAAUUGUCUCGUGAGCUCAAACUGGGGGGAAUGGAGUGAACCCAUUGAGUUUGGUCAAGGGAAAGAUCACUUUCCUUUAGUGAUUUUAUUUCUGAUAGCACUUGGAACAAUCUCAGUGACACUGCUCCAAUAUUGUCUUUUCAAAAGGUACUGCAAUUUCAAGAGCCUAUUUUCUCCCAUACCACAACCAAGAGACAAAUUUAAUGCAUCGACUGAUGAAGAUAACCAGGUAUGCUUUCUUUUGAAUUCAAAGCUGUUAACUAUAAAGCACAAUAGGCCAAAGACUAGAAGAACUGGCAUAUAAAGAUGAGUGUUUAAUUUGCUCUCAUACAAAAUAUGCUGGUUUAGAAUUAGAAAUGCUGUAUCCAGUGCUGUAUGUAUUCGUAGCCAUAUUUUAAGACCAGAGUUAUCACUUUCACUGAGACCAGCAAUUUCUGUGUGUAGCAGUUUUGCUAGGUUGCUGUUCAUACUCUGAAAAUAACCCAAGUGAGGAAGCAUUUUCCAUUAGCAUUUUCAAAUAUCAGUGAUCAUAAUGCAAUGUCAACACGUAUUUUGUCUUAUCCCCAUGUAAAAAACCUGUGGCACUGAAUGAAAAUCAACAGGGUUGGCAGUCUCAACAGCUUAACUAGCUUUCCUAUGUUGCUUCAGCAGAGGAUUGACUAUGACAGUUUUGAUGUUUUGUGCUAAUUAUGUCUGACCAAUAUUCUGUAGCAUCCCUGUGCAGUCUAUUGUAGUGUUUAAUUAUCCUUACUAAAAAAA